AUGAUGGAAGAUGAAAAACUACUUUCUUCCUCAUCUAUUAGAUCUCAGAACCGUUAUUCGCAUUCAGCUACAAUCUCCUCCUCCUCAAACUUUGAUUCGUCAUUUGACAUUGAAACAACAAAUGAAAGUAGAAUUCUACCUCUAAGUAAUGUCAUUAACAGAACAUCGAACGAUGUUGCUGAGAAUUUACAUAUACCUCGACCUUUUAUUCCAACUUAUCUAAGAAACACUCUUAUCGAUAUGAACAAUAGAGUAUCGAAAGAGUCAAUACAAUUGCCUUCAGGAUGGAAUAAAUAUGAUGCAGGAGAUGAUAUAAGGGUUAAAGAGUGUGGACUAGGUGCCGAGGUUGUCUCUGACAACCAUGAGGCCGCAGCCAUUAGAACGGAUUAUCCAAUACCUGUUAUAUCCGGAAUUUAUUAUUUUGAAAUUGAUAUCAUUUUUGGUGGGAAAACGAAGUAA